AUUUUGUAAUGCUUGAAAACAUUAAAAUAGCCUCUCUACCUUCAUAAGAUAUGGGUAAGGGCCGUGUAUCCACCCUCCCCAGAUCCCACUUGUGGAAUUACACUGGUGUUGGUUUGUGUGGCUAACCUCUCAAGUUAACAUCCUCCAAUCAUUUCUCUUUUGGUAUUGGUACCAAAGACGGUAAGUAUAGUUAAAACUGACCAUUGGGAACAUUGACAUUUUACUCUGGUUGAUAAGUAAACUAUCUUCCUAGUUCCUACUUCUUAGGGGACUUCAUAGUUCAAAAACCAGAUUUCUUUGCCAUAAGUCAGUGAUCUCAUAGGUCAUGCGUUUGAAGACUUGCUCUUUCUUUUUUCGAGUCGUCUACCUCUUCUAAGACUCUAGCAUGUCUUUUAAUAAAAUUAUUGGGAAGUCCUAAUAAAAAAAAAGUUUAUUGUGAACUAUAGAGCUUCACACCCUUGCUGGAGUGUUAACUUGGUAGAAAUGGAUAAUCCAUCAGAUGACUUCUCUGGAUAUAUCAUGCAGCUUCCUGACGAUUGUUUACUCUUUAUUUUCCAACACCUUGACUGUGGAUCUGACCGUGAAUCAUUUGGUUUAACCUGUCGUCGCUGGCUUCAUAUUCAAAAUCUAAAUAGAAGAUCUUUACAGUUUCAAUGCUCUUUCACUAUGCUUAAUUUUUCAUCGUUAUCUCAAACUAACACCCGAAUCAGUACAUUACACUUAUAUAGGCUUCUGAACCGUUUCCAGAACCUAGAAUCAUUGUCCCUGUCCGGAUGCACCAAGCUUCCAGAUUCGGGUUUGUCUUUGUUACCACGUCAUGGAUCGAAACUGCAAAGUCUUCAUCUAGACUGCUGUUUUGGGAUAACUGAUAGUGGUCUUUCCUGUGUGGCAUCUGGCUGUUCUUUGUUGGUAAUACUAAGUCUUUACCGGUGUAAUGUUACAGAUUAUGGGUUAGAGGCCUUAUCUAAUUCUUGCCUAGCUUUAGAAGAUCUGAAUCUCUCGUAUUGCUCUCGAAUCUCUGAUUAUGGCGUAAGAGCUAUUUCACAAAACUGCCAUCGUCUUAGAGCAAUCAGGAUAUCCUACUGUAGAAAUCUAACUGGUGCUGGCUUUCAAGGAUGUUCUCAAACUCUGACUCAUUUGGAAGCCAAUUACUGUAGGCUUGAACCUAAUGGAAUACAGUUCCUAAGUGGAGGUGGUAUUGAAUACUUGAGUGUGUCUAACUUGACCUGGUGCACUCGUGUGAAUGGUCUGGUAGCUAUUAACGUCGGAUUUGCUGCAAAGUUAAGAGUGUUGAAUUUCCGCUCCAGCAGAACGAUUGGCGAUGAUUGUAUCAUGACAAUAGCAAAGGGUUGUCCAUCGCUUCAGGAAUGGAACUUAGCAAUAUGUCAUGAGGUCAAGAUAGCAGGUUGGGAAUCUAUUGCAUCACAUUGUCAUAACUUGAAAACACUACAUGUGAAUCGGUGUAGAAAUCUUUGUGACCGUGGACUGCAGGUAUUGAGAACCGGAUGCAAACAUCUCUCAAUUCUUUACAUCACCAGAAGUUCUCAGAUCAGUGGUGUAGCGUUGGAAAAUUUUAAACUUGCUAGAGGUAAUGUAGAGGUCAAAGAAGAAGAAGUAAUGUGUAUUUGCCCUCAUGGAGCCUUCAGGUUUUAAUAGGUGGCGAUAAUCUUCAGUUCUUAAGCUGUCAUGUCUCAGCAGACAUUCUGAUUUUACAGACUCGUGAGGAGAAACUAUCAUCCCAGUCAAUCCAAUUCGGAUUCCCUGGAACUGACGUGUUACUCACCCGUCCACCACUGGAAACAUUGUUUCCUGUCCAACUUGAUGGAAAUGCACGACAGUUGUGCCCACUG